AUGAGGAGAACUUAUGAGGAUGCGACGCAGGCCCUCGUGUUGGACUCGGAGCUCGAAGGAACCUCCUGCGAUGCGGAACCAGAGGAUCUGAUGAUGCACAUCACUUGCUGUGACUGGAUGUGUCGUUUAUGGACAUUACAGGAGGGUGCCCUGGCACAACGGCUGCUGUUUCAAUUUGACAGCAAAGCCAUAGAGCUUAAGUCUCUGGAAUCGACGCUCUGGGAAAGUUUUGUACUUAAUUUCGCAUCACCUAUACCGGGAGACGUCAUGUCAUGCUUUGCCUCGUUUCAAAAGUUCAGCAAGCUCAAUGGCGAGCAGUUGUUCGACUUGAUAAGAGCUCUACAGUGGCGUAAGACUAGCUGGCAGCAAGAUGAGACCAUAUGCCUGAGCAUUCUGCUCGAUCUGGACGCAGAAAGGAUCGAGAAGGUUGAGCCGCUGGAGCGUAUGCCCACUUUUUUGAGAAUGGUCAGGACGUUUCCACUCGAGAUUAUGUUUGCCCCUGGUCCGAGAUUGCCACAAGAGCACUUUUCCUGGGCACCGCAAUCAUUAAUACCGCUAAAGAGCUUCUCGUUGCCAUCAUGUUCUACCUCGACUGGCGCUGUGCAGACAACCCAAGGUCUCGUGACUACCACUACAGGCCUGAGGUUUGAUACAGUGAGAGUUCCGCUACAAGAUUUUUGUUGGUUCAAUGUGGAAAACGACGAGUGCGACUAUCGAAUUCGGAAUCUUGGUGAGAAGGAAGACGGAGGCGCUUCGUGGCAGGACGACGGCCCCCAUCUAAUCGACUCCCCGGCCAUCGUCGUCGACACACAAAACUGGCAGGACAGAGACGUGUUUUCCGGUGCUUUGGUGGCUAUCACAGCUGAACACGAAAAAUUCAUACACGCAAACUUCCAUUCGCGAGUCUUUAUCUGCCGCGAGACUGGCGACGUACCUAGCACAGUCAUGCAGAAGAUGCGACAUGCUGAGGCACUGCAGACAGAUAUGACUGCCAUCUGGAGUACUGCAGAACGUAUUGUAAAAAAAGUGGUGGGUGAUUUCCUAAAAGUCCAGUCUGCAUCUUCCCGAGAAAUCAUCUCAUAG